GCAAUAUUCAGGUCAAGUGAAGUUGUCUCCAAGGGGUUAGCCACAAGCCCAAGCCAAAGCACGACAACAAUGGAGGACACCAUCGUCCUGUACCCAUCUCCGGGGAUGGGCCACGUCAUCGCCAUGGUCGAGCUCGGCAAGCUCAUCCUCCACCGCCACGGCCCCCAGUUCGCCAUCACCGUCCUCCUCACCACUGGCUUCGCUGACUACCCGAGCAUCACCUCAUACAUCAGCUCCAUCUCUCGCUCUCACCCUUCCAUCUCCUUCUGCCGCUUCCCCCUCGUCUCCGUUGACCCGGCCAACCCACCCCGGAGCGGUGCCGCCGUGGCUUUUGAGUUCAUCCGCAAGAACUCUGCCAACGUCCUCCAGUCGCUACGGGACAUCUCUGCUGUCUCCACUGUGAGAGCGCUCAUCAUCGACUUCUUCUGCACCUCCGCGCUGCCCGUAGCCAAGGAUCUGAACAUUCCCACGUACUACUUCUACGCAUCUGGCGCGUCGUCGCUUGCCGCAUUCCUUUAUUUUCCGGGACUUUUCGAGCGUUCGACUAAGAGCUUCAAGGACCAGAUUGGGGUCAUCCUGGAGUUCCCGGGCCUCCCACCCUUGAAGGCCACGCAGAUGCCCGAGCCUACCCUCGAUCGGGACGACCCAGCCUACGGCGAGAUGUGCUACUUCUGUGACCACAUGACCAAGGUGGAUGGGAUUCUGGUGAACACGUUUGAAGCGCUCGAGCCCAAGGCAGUGGAGCUCAUCGCCAGCGGCGCGUGCGUGCCGGACGCGCCGACCCCGCCGGUGUACUGCAUCGGCCCCCUGAUUGCCGACGAAUCCUCUCGUGCCGGCGACAGCACUGUCGGCGGGCAACAAGAUUGCCUGUCUUGGCUGGAGAAACAGCCGAGGAAGAGCGUGGUCUUCCUGUGCUUCGGAAGCCGGGGAACGCUCUCGGCCGCGCAGAUCAAGGAAGUGGCGGUCGGGCUGGAAAAGAGCGGUCAUCGGUUCCUGUGGGUGGUAAAAAACCCGUCGGGCAACGGCGAUAUGGAUUUGGAGGCGCUCAUGCCGGAGGGUUUCCUGGAGAGGACCAAGGAGAGGGGGAUGGUGGUGAGGUCAUGGGCGCCGCAAGUGGCGGUGCUGAGGAAGGAGGCGGUGGGGGGUUUCGUGACGCACUGCGGGUGGAACUCGGUGCUGGAGGCGGUGGCGGCGGGGGUGGCGCUGGUGGCGUGGCCGCUGUACGCGGAGCAGCACAUGAACAGGAACUUCCUGGUGCAGCACAUGGAGAUGGCGAUAGGGGUGGAGCAGCGGGACGGCGACGGGUUCGUGAGCGGGGACGAAGUGGAGAGGGCGGUGAGAGAGUUGAUGGAGUCGGAGCGGGGGAGGGAGCUGAGAGAGAAGAGCUGGGCGAUGAGAGAGGAGGCCGCGGAGGCUCUGGGAGACUUCGGAUCUUCUACGACGGCGCUGGCCAAGUCGGCCCAAAAAUGGAGCGGCGCCGCCUCUCAUGAAGCCUAAGCCUGCGACAAGUUCUCGUCUG